AUGCCUUCGCAGGCCGAAUCAAAGGCAGCAGCGAAUCCUGGUGAGGUCGAGAAAACCAAUAUCUAUAAUGGCCAAGGCAGCAAGGAAGACCCUUUCGUGGUUGAGUUCCAUAAAGACGACCCUGAAGACCCAAUGAACUGGUCUCAGUCCAGGAAAUGGUUCAUCACGACCAUCGUGACCCUGUCUGUCUUCGCCGUCACGCUGACAUCUUCGGCAUACUCUGUAUCCGCUAACGAGGUUAUUGAGCACUUUAACAUUAGCACCGAGGUCUUUAUAGUCGGCCUUUCCCUCUUUGUGCUUGGGUUCGCAAUUGGCCCUGCAGUAUGGGGUCCCUUGGUAAGCAUAUCCGAACUUUACGGAAGACAAAUUCUCUGGAUAACCUCCCACGUCGCCUUGGCGGCCUUCGUCGGAGGUUCUGCCGGAAGCCAAAACAUUACUACACUCCUAGUAUUGCGAUUCUUCAGUGGCACUUUUGGUGGGUCACCAUUGGUGAACUCGGGUGGUGCUAUUGCGGAUCUCUUCCCCCCGGCCCAGAGAGGCCUCGCUAUGACGCUUUACUGUGUUGCGCCCUUUCUUGGCCCCAUCCUUGGACCUGUCGUUGGCGGGUUUGUCUCUGAAAAUGUACGAUGGAGAUGGGUACAGGGUGUAUGCUGUAUCUUUAUAGGCGUGGUAGGCAUCCUCGGCUUCAUCUUCGUCCCUGAGACAUAUGGGCCGGUGUUGCUGAUCCGGAAGGCAAGCCACUUGUCCAAAACUGAUGGCAAUGUUUAUAUCAGUGUUGUCGAAAAGAGCCAGGGUAAAAAGAAGCCGUCUGAAGUUUUCAAGAGAACUUUGUUACGGCCCUGGGUUUUGCUCUUUCGGGAACCCAUCGUGCUAGUGGCCUCACUCUAUAUGGCAAUUAUUUACGGCACUGUCUAUAUGUUUAUGGGCGCCAUGCCUAUCGUCUAUAACGAAGACCGUGGAUGGAGCGAGGGUAUCGGAGGACUGGCGUUUAUGGGUAUUGCAGUUGGCAUUAUCCUAGGAUUGGUCUAUGUUAUCUACGACAACAACGGGCGAUAUAUGAAACUGUUUCUGUCAAAGUCUGCAACUGCGGAAUCUCGCUUACCACCAGCCAUUAUUGGUGCUAUUGCCUUACCGGUUGGCAUGUUCGCCUUUGCAUGGACGAACCAUCCCAGCAUUCACUGGUCUGUCAGCAUUAUUCUCUCGACACCUUUUGGUUUCGGCUGUGUGCUUGUCAUUCUGCCAAUAAUUAACUACCUUAUCGAUUCCUACACCAUUUACGCAGCCUCCGUUCUUGCUGCUGCUGCUAUCUUCCGCUCGAUCGUCGGUGCCGUGUUCCCCUUAUUCACCACCCAGAUGUAUAAUAAUCUCGGGAUUCACUGGGCAACCUCAGUACCAGCAUUUCUGACGUUGGUUUGCAUGCCUUUUCCGUUUGUCAUGUAUCGCUACGGUGGGGCACCGAGGAUGAAGCGCAAGUAUGCGUUCGAGGCUGCUGAGAUUAUGAAACAGAUGCAAAUGCAACAAGCCCACGUUCUAGACAAGGAGAAAGAUUCUCCUUCAGAGUGA